CAUGAUAGAAAAACUCAAACUACUAACAUCAUAACAAACGCCCCUAAGUUUUCUUCUUCUUCUUCGUGGGUUUUAAGUUAAAGUUUUGGAACCGAGACUCAGACAUGGCGAGGCGACUCUAUCUUCUUCCCGAAAAACUCAUAUUCCCAACCUCUUUCAUUAUCCAAAACUCACGCCCACUUCCUCUUUCCCACUUCUUCGGCUCCGAGCCCGAAGUUGAAGUUUCUGGCCACCGCAACUCCGGAGAUUCGGCGGACAAUCAGCACGGCCCGGCCAAGCUCAGAGACGAAGAACGCCUUGAAAAGGUUCACAAAAUUCGAGUUCUUAUCCAACAGGGCAGUGUGGAUACUGCCGAGAGGCUAAUCAGGUCUCUUGUUUCCUCAAAGUCUCAUUUUUCUUCGCCUUAUGAUCUUUUUGCUCUCUUCUCUCUCUCCGCGGCGCCUUCCAUGAAACCCGCUUUCUCAAAUAUUUUAUUAUCGGCUUGUUUGGAAUCUAGAAUGAUCGCCGAAGCCAUGGAGUUGUAUGGUUUGGUGAAGAAAGCUGGUGUGGUUCCUUCUUUGAACACGGUUCAUAUGUUGUUUGAGUCUCUGGUGUCUACUAAACAGUAUGGUAAAAUGCUCGAGUUGUUUUCUGAGCUUGUAGAUUCGGGCAUUCGACCCGAUAAGUUCACGUAUGGGAAAGCGAUUCAGGCCGCGGUUAAGUUGGGGGACAUGAAAAGGGCCAUGGAGCUUAUGAAUUACAUGAAGGCGAGGCAUGUUAGUCCUUCUGUAUUUAUAUACAAUGUUUUGCUUGGUGGGUUGUGCAAAGAGAAGAGAACGAGGGAUGCAGAGAACCUGUUUGAGGAAAUGACUGAGAGAAAUGGAGUUCCGAAUUUGGUCACUUAUAACACGCUUAUUGAUGGAUAUUGUAAGGUGGGUGAAGUGGAGAAGGCUUUUGAUUUGAGAGAUAGAAUGAAGAGUAAAAAUGUGGAGCUGAAUCUUCUUACUUACAAUUCAUUGCUAGGUGGGCUUUGUCGGGCAAGAAAAAUGGAUGAAGCUAAGCAACUUUUGGAAGAAAUGGAAGCUACUGGGUUGGUGCCUGAUUGUUUUACUUAUAGUGUUCUUCUUGAUGGGCAUUCCAGGUGCGGUAAUAGUGAGGCAUCACUAGCUUUAUUUGAAGAAGCAAUGAAAAGAGGGGUGAGAAUUAAUAAUUAUACUUGUAGCAUUCUGUUGAAUGGUUUAUGCAAAGAUGGGAAGAUGGAAAUUGCAGAGGAGGUUUUAAAGAAACUAAGGGAAAAUGGGCUAGCUCUGGAUGAGGUAAUCUUUAACACCAUGGUGAAUGGUUAUUGUAUAAGAGGUGACAUGGAAAGAGCCAUUUCGAUAAUUGGAGAAAUGGAAGUUCAUGGGUUGAGACCAAAUUGCAUAACUUUCAAUUCUUUGAUUGGUAAGUUCUUUGAAAUGAAGAAGAUUGAUAAGGCAGAGGAGUGGAUUCAGAAAAUGGCGCAAAAGGGUGUUCCCCCAGAUACAGUGACGUAUAACAUCUCAAUCAAAGGUUAUGGACUAAUGCGUGAAUUUGAUAAGUGUUUUCUCAUUCUUGAAGAAAUGGAGAGUAAAGGGGUUAAACCAAAUGUUGUAACUUAUGGUUCUGUCAUAAGUUGUUUAUGUGGGGAUGGUAGGCUUCUUGAGGCUGAAAUAAUUCUCAGGGAUAUGGUGAGUAGAGGCGUUAGAGCAAAUGCACAGAUAUACAAUAUAAUCAUUGAUGGUUUGUGUAAUGCAGGAAAAUUAAGUGAUGCCCUUAGAAUCUUUGAUGAGAUGGUGAAAAUUGGAAUAAGUCCAACACUUGUGACAUACAAUUCUCUUAUUCAUGGGUUUUGCAGAAAAGGAAAAUUAGUUGAGGCUGAAGGCUUGUUUUCUCAAAUUACAAGUAACAGAUACAGUCCUGAUGUCAUCACAUAUAAUUCCUUAAUUUCUGGUUACUCUGAUGUAGGAGACGGUGAGAUGUGUAUGAAGUUGUAUGAAACUAUGAAGAGAGUGGGGAUUAAGCCUACACUGAAAACAUUUCAUCCUCUAAUUAGUGGAUGCAGUAAGGAAGGUAUGGAGGUAGCAGAGAGAAUAUAUCAAGAGAUGUUAGAACUUGGUUUGGCUCCAGAUCAACUUAUAUUCAAUGCAAUGAUUCAUGGUUAUGCGGAACAUGGAGAUACUCUUAAGGCAACUGCUCUGCUUACUGAGAUGAUAAGCCAGGGACUUCAUGUUAACAAGAUGACCUACAAUAGUUUGAUUCUGGGGCACUUUAGAGAAGGAAAGCUGUCUGAGAUAAACGAUAUUGUCAAUGAUAUGAAGGCCAAAGGAUUGGUUCCUAAAGCUGACACCUACUUUUUACUUGUUAAGGGAUAUUGUGAACAGAAAGACUUUAGCGGGGCAUAUUUUUGGUACAGAGAAAUGUUUGACAAUGGUUUUAUUCUAAAUAAUAACAUAGCCAACGAGCUUAUCUCUGGCCUUUCCGAAGAGGGUAAGUUGCUGGAAAGCCAGGUUGUCUCCUCAGAAAUGAGCGUCAAAGAACAAGAUGAUUGCAGCUUUGAUGAGGAUCUUUCUACUGUUUCUAAAAUGUGAAUUGUUGCCAAACAUGGCCGUUGGGGACUUCACACUUCACAUGGUCACCGUUCUGUCAUUACUGGAUAGUUUGGCAGGUAGAUAAUGAUGAUCUGCGUUCAUCUGUUUAGAUAGCUUCAUGCCAAUUGGUUACUAGGUACACAAAAUGAACACCAUAGAGAACACACUGGCUUCUCCACCAGCAAUAGCUCCAGACACAACAGUGGCUGUGGAAAGUCCAGUUCUGCCAAGCUGGACAUGAACGAGUCAUAUUGUUUGGUUUAAAAAGAGAUUACAAUACAAACAGAAGGCAACAUAAUUAUUUUCUGUCUUAUUAUACUCCGACCAGGUAGGAAAAGCAGCAUACCUAUAUAUAUAUAUUGAUUUGCUUCAUUGUUUGUUUCCCAAUCAUUUUAAAAGGAUUUUCAAGUAUAGGAUGAUAAUGAUUGUUUUGUAAAUAUGUAUUUCAAAUUAGAUAUCAAACAUCAUAUCAUAUUCUUAAAUUAGAGUCUGUAACUCGGGAUCUGAAGGAAGUUCAACAAUAUUAAUUUUCAAUUUUGACCUGUGAA